AUGGCUGCCACCACUCCACAACAGCAACAUCAGCAACAGGCGCCUCCACAGCAGCCACAACAACCUCCUCAACAACCACAACAGCCUUCUACUGCUGCUCAGAAAUUAGCUGCCAUCAAUGAACAGACUUGGCUGUCCAUGGGCAACCUUGCUGAACUCAUGACCGAUUAUGACAAGGCCACUAGUUGUUACGAGUCUGCUUUGCGACACAACCCAUAUUCUGUACCUGCGUUGACCCAAAUCGCAUCUCUAUGUCGAGGACGCGAACAAUUUGGCAGGGCUGUUGACUACUUUAAGCGCAUUCUCGCGAUUCAAGAAAACAAUGGUGAAACCUGGGCUGCAUUAGGCCAUUGUUAUUUAAUGAUGGAUAAUCUUCAAGACGCAUAUCACGCAUAUCAACAAGCAUUGUAUCAUCUCUCCAAUCCAAAGGAUCCAAAACUCUGGUAUGGCAUUGGUAUCCUGUAUGAUCGUUACGGCUCCCUGGAACACGCUGAAGAGGCCUUCUCGGCAGUCAUGAAAAUGGAUCCCAAGUUUGAAAAGGCCAAUGAGAUCUAUUUCAGGCUCGGCAUCAUAUACAAGCAACAACAAAAGUUUGAUCUCUCUCUUCAGUGUUUCCGAUACAUCCUUCACACUCCUCCUCGUCCAUUGACUGAAUCUGACAUUUGGUUCCAAACUGGUCACGUUUAUGAACAACAAAAGGAGUAUGAGCUUGCCAAGGAAGCAUAUGAACGGGUGUUGGCUGAGAAUCCGGAUCAUGCCAAGGUGCUGCAACAGCUUGGAUGGCUUUAUCAUCAACAAAAUACGUCAUUCUGUAAUCAGACAUUGGCCAUUCAAUACUUGACGCGAUCUUUGAAAUCUGACAGCAAUGAUGCACAAUCAUGGUAUUUGCUUGGACGAUGCUAUAUGGCAGAGCAAAAUUACAACAAGGCAUACGAGGCUUAUCAGCAAGCCGUGUAUCGGGAUGCACGCAACCCCACGUUCUGGUGCUCUAUUGGUGUAUUGUACUACCAAAUCAACCAGUAUCGCGACGCUCUUGAUGCCUAUAGUCGUGCCAUUCGAUUGAACCCUUACAUCAGUGAGGUGUGGUAUGAUCUUGGUACCUUAUACGAAUCAUGCAACAACCAAGUACAAGAUGCUCUUGAUGCCUACCAACGUGCCGCUGAACUUGAUCCAUCCAAUCCUCACAUCAAGCAACGUUUGGAAUUACUUCGCAAAUCUCAAUCAGUGCAAUCGUCACAAGGAGUGGGAAGUGCUCCUGCACCACGUGAUGUUAGCAAUCCAAAUCAAUACCAAAAUAACCCUGGCACUCAACCUUUGAAUGGUGGCUAUAAUCAGCAGGCUCCAGGACCUGCAUUGUCAAGCAUGUCGUCAUCCUAUGGUAAUGCUCCUCCUCCACCACGCCCUGAUGAACGAGGUGGUAUGCCUGUGCCUCAGACUGCACAAGAGAAUGGUAGUGGACCUGGUCGUGAUCUUCCAGCACUUGCAACAGGUCAAGGAGAACGAGCACCUCCUGGAUCUCACCAAUAUCAACCAUCACCAUCACGUGAAGAUGUUCGUAUUCCUGGUAUUGGCGGUGGACAAGCCCCUGCACCAUCUGAUCGAUCUCAAAUGAACCCUAUUGUUGCCGAUGAUGCUAAACAACGCGUACGUCAAACACCACCACCACCUCCAUCAGCAGUAUCAGAUCAUGCACCACCACCUCCACCCCAACAACAACAACGUCAUUCACCUUUUAUGAAAUCUGAGGAACCACGCACUGCUGCACCACCACCACCUCCACCACAACAACAAGCUGGAUUGCAACCUCGUGGCGUAUGGCAACCACCAUCCGAAUCACCACGUAGUGCUCAUGCACCCGCAACACCUUACGAUCAACAUCAUCGCUCACCCGUUGCACGUGAACCUGUUGAUACACGCAUGUCAUCUCGUCCUGAGGGUCACCAAUCACCUUAUGCACGACGUGAUUACCCUAAUGAAGGUCCUCGUACACCAGUGAUGAAACAUGAGCAUCCUCAACAACAACAGCAACCUGAGGAACCUGGUCGUGGAUACCAUAUUGAACAACCAUCUCAAGAGAAACAACAACCUCAACCACAACAACCAUCUCCUCAACCUCAACAUCAGCAACAACAACAGCAACAGCAAUCUCCUGCUCCAUCAGCUGCAACGACAACACCUGCUGCACCUGCUGAAGAUCAACAACAACAACAACAACAACAACCAUCACAUGUGCAACCAAUGGAUACCACUCCUCAUGAACAACCCCAACAGGAGAAUAAACCCGAAUCAAAAUCGCAUGAAGAGCAACAACAACAACCUGUUAAAGAGAGUACACCUGCACCAUCACAACAACAACAGGAUACAUCUGCUUCAGCUGCUGCAACGAGUCGAGCCCCUGUCGAUGAGGAUUAUGAUGAAAGUGCUGCUAGUGCAUUGUUGAGUAUGGGUGGUAAUCGUGAUAAUGGUGCUCAAGGAUACAAGAAUGAAGGACAAAAGCGUGCCUAUUCUGCUGAGGAAUCGGAUGUGUCUCAAGAAGGUGUCAAACGUGCACGAUCGGGUGAAGAAGAAUCCAGCAAGCCAGCUGCACCUGAGACUACUACCACUGAAAAGGAUCAAAGUGUGCCUUCACCCAAGCAACAACAGCAAUCAUCACCGUCUCCUCAACAACAACCUGCUACAGCUGCUGCUAAUACUUCAUCUCCUCCUGCUUCUGAACAACAGCCACAACAACAGCAGCCAAAGAAAGAGGAAUCACCAGCACCAGCACCAGCAACACCAUCGUCAACAUCAGCACCGUCUACAACGACGACGACACAACAACAACAACAGCAGCAACAGCAACAAGAAGAAUCACCUGUUGAAGAUGCUAAGGAAGAAGGCGAAGUAACAGACAAGACCCCAAGUCCUUCUGCAUAA